AUGAAUCACAAAAAAUUAUCAUUAAAAAAUUCUAUAGAAACAUUAGAAUAUUGUAAAGAAGAUGAUUCUAAGACUCCGUUUUUUUAUAAUGAAGAAAAUGGUAAUGACGUUGUAAUGUGUGAAAAACAAAAGUCAUCGAAAUUAAACAUCAGUCAGCCUUACAUACAUGAUUCAUCAUCUUUUUCAUCAGACACCAAUAGCAGUAUAUAUAUUACUUCAUCAUUGCAAUUAAAAGAGUCAACUCAAAAUAAUAGUUUAAAAGCUUUGUCAUCAGUUGAUACAAUAUUUGAGGGAACAACUUUUGAAAUGCAAAGAUUACAAAAUUUGGAAAAAAGCAAAAUUUCAUGGGAAAAAGAAGCAUGUUUUUUUUCAGAUGGUAUAAGAAUAAUUGAUUAUGUCUUAGCAUAUGAGGAUGAAAAAAAUAAUGGAGAAUCUGAUAUUGAGAAUGAGCAAGCAAUUAUUAUGGAUGAAAAAGAAACUGGUAGAGAGUAUGGAAGUAUUAAAACAACAAAAGCUGUUAAGAGAAGAAUCUUUCAAGAAAAUUUAGUUGGCUUAGGUUUAGAUAUUGAGGAAAUGCCAAGUCAUUUUUAUUCCUCAAAUAAGAUAAUUUUUGUCCUUAUUCAUGCACCAUUUCAUGUUCUUUGUAAACAAGCAGAAAUAUUAAAACUUAAAAUGCCUAUAAUUCAUUCUGAAGAGGUUAAUCAACUUAAUUUUUUUGAUGGAUGGUUAGAUACAUGGCUAAUUAAAAAAUUUAGGACAACAAUGAAACCAGAAUUAGAAAAUAGAUUUGAAAUUAAACCUAAAUUUCGUUCACCAUUUAUUGAAGAAAGAAUUGAAUGUUUUGAAAAUUGUCAUGAUCCAGAUAAUUUUUUUCCUCGAGCUGAAAGGAGUCGCCUUGUUUAUGAUUUAUUAUUAAGAACUAAAUAUAAUUCUGAAGAAUCAGGUAGAUGUCAAAUUGGUAUAGAAAGAAUGAUAAGUAGAGGAAUAUAUUAUGAUGCAUUUCCUUUACAUGAGCCGUUAAGAAUGGAUAAGAUUAAUUUAAGUUUAAAAGAGACUCUUGAUAAAUCAAAAAAACAAUUAAAUAUAAGUGAAACAACUGAUCGUGAAUUAUUAUACAAGUAUUGGGCAUCACUUUAUUCUUUUUGGAGAUUACAACCAUUAGAUUUAAUUAAAAGAUAUUUUGGAACAAAAAUUGGAAUAUAUUUUGCAUGGUUAGGUUAUUAUACAAAAUCAUUAAUAUGGCCAUCUAUAAUGGGUAUUAUUGUUGUUAUGAUAGCAGUAUCAACAUCAAUUAAUGACAUUCCAAGUAAUGAUGUAUGUAGUACUGAUGGAAUUGGAGAACAAGUUUAUUUAUGUCCAACAUGUGAAAAAUAUUGUAAUUUUCAAAAAUUAAGAAAUAAUUGUGUUUAUGCAAAAUUAACAUAUAUCUUUGAUAAUUAUUAUACUGUUAUAUUUGCUGUUGUUAUGUGUCUUUGGGGUACAUUAUUUUUAGAAGGAUGGAAACGUUUUCAUUCAGAAAUUGCUUAUAAAUGGGGUAUGCUUGAUUUUGAAGUUGAAGAUGAAACAAUGCGUCCAGAUUUUCAAAGUAAAAUUAAAACUAAACGUAUUAAUCCAGUCUCAAAAGAAGAAGAACCAUGGUUACCUAGAAAAGAAAAAUUAUUUAGAUGGUUUUGUAGUGGAAUGACAGUUUUAUUUUUUAUUUGUUUAGUUAUUGCAUUUGCUGUUGGUGUUAUUAUUUAUCGUGUUUCAUUUACAUUUAGUUUAUAUGGAAGUGAUAAUGAAUUUUAUAGAAAUAAUGCUAUAGUUAUAACAUCAUUAUUAGCUGGAUUUAUUAAUGUAUGCUUUAUUAUGAUACUUAAUCAAUGUUAUAAUUGGUUAGCAUUUAGAUUAACAUGUUGGGAAUGUCCAAGAACUCAAACAGAUUUUGAUAAUAGUUAUGCAUUAAAAGUUUUUCUAUUUCAAUUUGUUAAUUAUUAUACAUCAUUAUUUUAUAUAGCAUUUUUUAAAGGACGUUUUAAUAGUGUUCCAAAUGCAUUAGAUAAAACUGAUAAUGAUGAAACAUCAACAUUUAGACCUAGUUUAGAACAAUGUGAUCCAAGUGGAUGUAUGGUUGAAUUAGUCAUUCAAUUAGGAACUAUAAUGAUUGGUAAACAAAUGUUUACAGCAAUAAUUGAAAGAUUAUUACCAAAAUUUUAUAUAUGGUUUGCUAGUUUAAAAAAUAAAUCAAAUAAAAAGAAAGUUAAUGGUAUUAUACCAAAUAAAAUUAAUCCACAAAAAGAUGAUAAAGUAAUGAAUCAAUGUGAUCUUGAUUAUAGUUUAAAUCAAGUUCAUAAACAAUAUUUAUUUGAUGAAUAUCUUGAAAUGGUUAUACAAUUUGGUUUUGUAACACUUUUUGUAACAGCAUUUCCAUUAGCACCAAUGUUUGCUUUAUUAAAUAAUAUUAUUGAAGUACGAAUUGAUGCACAAAAAUUUAUUUGUACAUUUAGACGUCCAAUGCCAGCUCAUGCAAAAAAUAUUGGAGUUUGGGAAGGUAUACUUAGUGGUAUUAGUUAUACAGCUGUUCUUGUAAAUGCUUGUAUAAUUGCUUUUACAAGUGAUUUUAUCCCAAAAUUAUAUUAUUUAUUUUUUAAAAGUAAUGGUGAUUUACAAGGAUAUAUGGAUUAUUCAUUAUCAUAUUUUGAUGCAACAUUAGUUAGUAAUAAUACAAUUUAUAAUGAUGUUAAUAUAUGUAGAUUUCGAGGAUUUUAUAGACCAACAUGUAAAUUUAUGGAUAAAUUUCCAAUAAUAAAAAAUUAUAAAAAAGAAGAAUGUUCUGAUGAUUAUAGUGUUAAUGAUGAUUGGUGGAAAAUGAUGGUAAUGCGUUGUGCUUUUGUUAUAUUUUUUGAACAUUUAGUUUUUGCUCUUAAAGUUCUUAUUGCAUAUAUUAUACCAGAUAUACCAACUAAAAUUGUUUAUCAAAUACAAAGAGAAAGACAUUUAUCAAGAAAAGCAAUGUUAAAUCAACAUGAUUUUAAUUUUAAUAAGAAAAAGAAAAAAUUAUAUCAAAAACUUGAAAAACUUAAAAAUACAGCUAAUGCAUCAAAUAUGACAGAUGGACAAAAAUCUAACAAAAAUAAUAUUAAUUAUUCAGAUAAAAAUUAUCCUGAAAUGUCUAAAGAAGUUGAAAAACUUUUAGCUAGAAAUCAACAAUUUGGUGUAACACAACCUGAAAAUUUAUCAUAUUGUACUAAUAUUAUAAUACCUGAUUUGCCAGAAACAGAAAAUUUACCUGGAGAAAUAUACAAUAGAAGAAUAACUAAUAAUGGUUCUAUUUCUUCUUAUAGUACUGCUAUAGAUAAUUAA